UGGCGGUGAUCUGCCUUCAUGCUGUUUGCCAAGCUUCAUUUAACAUUACGAAUAGGAAGAAAGAACAACAACAAGAAGAGAAGAAGAGAAGUAGUAGUAGUCGUGUACAAAGCCUGUUUCCAACAUCCUCCAAUGAAACCCUCCUGUUAGCUGAGCGGAGCUAACAGCUGAUCCAACAUGUACACUCUGUUAUCUGGGUUCUAUAAGUACAUGUUCCAGAAGGACGAGUACUGCGUGCUGAUCCUGGGUCUGGAUAACGCUGGGAAGACGACCUUUCUGGAACAAACCAAGACCAAGUUCAGUAAAAACUACAAAGGAAUGAGUCUGUCCAAAGUCACAACGACUGUCGGUUUAAACAUUGGGACAAUUGAUGUGGGCAAAGCUCGUCUGAUGUUCUGGGAUCUGGGAGGCCAGGAGGAGCUGCAGUCUCUGUGGGACAAAUACUAUGCAGAGUCUCAUGGAGUCAUCUAUGUGAUUGAUUCAACUGAUGAGGAGCGCCUUUCAGAAUCCAAGGAGGCGUUUGAGAAAAUGAUCUGCAGCGAGGCUUUGGAAGGCGUUCCGCUCCUCAUUCUCGCCAAUAAGCAAGAUGUACCGAACUGCUUGUCGGUGCCGGACAUCAAAACAGCCUUCAGCGACUCUGCACCAAAGAUCGGCAAGAGAGACUGCCUGGUGCAGCCGUGCACGGCGCUCACAGGGGAUGGAGUGAACGAAGGCAUCCAGUGGAUGGUGAAGUGUGUGAUGAGGAACAUUCACCGGCCGCCCAGACAGAAGGACAUCACCUAAAGCUCCGCCCACUCUGGAAGUGAAGGACUCCUCCAGUUUUUCACACUUCUUUGUUGAAAGCAUUUGUUGUCGCAGUGUGACGGUGCAGGCUAUACAAACAUCCACAUGUCACGUCUUAUAUGAACACUUCAAGUUUUCACGACUUCAGGCGGGGCCCUGAUUCUUCUUUCCAUGAAUUCAUGACUUUACUGUACAAUGAAACUGGUUGAAAUCGUUGGGCUGUGGGUUUAAAUAAACGAUUAAAAGACUUAAACAGAGA